AUGUGGAUUCUUAGAAACGUUGCCAAUUGUUCUACAAGUAAUCAGAAGCCGAAUUCUAGUCAAAGACCAGGAUCCAAUCAACAAAAUAACCAGAAUGCAGUGUCCAGACCGACUCAAACGAGUUUUGGAGACGGAAAUGUUGGCAGCAAAGCAAGAGCUAUGUGUCGGCAAUAUGGAGAGUACAUAUAUGAAUGGAUUACACCCCCUGUUCAAACUUUCAAUUCAGGAAAAGUAAAAGUAAAUAGAUGUGGACACAAAGCAACUGAACUAGUUAUUGGAGGAGAGCUCACCAAACCUAGAGAAUUUCCUCAUAUGGCUUUGCUUGGCAUGGGUGACAAGAAUUCUAAAAAAUGGACCUGCGGUGGAACUUUGAUAAGUGAUGAGUUUGUUCUGACUGCCGGACAUUGCAUAUUUUCAUCACAAGAUGGUGAAGUAAAAUGGGUGCGUCUUGGUGAAAAUAAUAUUCAGAACUCGCAGGAAACGGAAACGCAAGAUUUUGAAGUUGCCCAAAUUAUAAAACACCCGCAAUACAAAGCACCUUCCCGAUACAAUGACAUUGCCUUAUUACGCCUGGACCGCAAAGCUAUUUUAAACAAGUACGUAAUACCAGCAUGUCUACAUACCGAAUUUAACAUAGGACAUCAAAAGGCCAUUGCCACUGGUUGGGGUAGGACACACACUUAUGGUACUACAAGUCAGCAACUGUAUAAGGUUACCUUAGAAUUAUUUUCUCAACAAGAAUGUAAUGAUACUUAUGCCGCAUUUAUAUCAAAUCGUAGAUUGAAAUAUGGAAUUGUACCAGAAAGCCAAAUGUGCGCCGGACAUCAUACUGAAAGUAAAGACACUUGCCAGGGUGAUUCUGGAGGUCCUUUGCAAACUUAUCUAAAUGACCCUACCUGUAUGUAUGAUGUCAUAGGUAUUACAUCUUUCGGAAUUGCUUGCGGAGUCGUUGGAAGUCCAGGAGUUUAUACGAGAGUUUCGGAAUAUUUGCCAUGGAUUGAACAGACUCGACAAGUAUAUUUACUAGAAGUACAUACACAGAAACAACGAUGCUCAACAUGGAUUCUGAACAAAGAGUCUUGGUACGCCAUAAAUGCCAGGGCGCUGCAAAUAUACACCACUUUUUUGGUCCCAGAGUAUCUAUGUGAUGCUUGCACUAUUGAUGGAUUAUCUGGAAGCUGCAAACUUCUAAGAAAUUGCGCGCCAGCUAUUGUAGGGUUAAGAAAUGGAAAAUAUCCACAAAUGUGUGGUUUUUCAAAUCUUGAUCCAGUAGUAUGCUGUGUUUCUGAAGGCUCAGCAAUUAUUACAACUACUCAAAGUACAACAUCAAAUAAUAACCAGAGAUCUUUGGAACGGAACGAUCGAACUAGCACGGAGUCCAGCCUCAUCGAUUCAAAUAAUCGUUCUAACAAUGAUCCAGAUACUAAAGUUGGUAGCAAAGCUCGAGCAAUGUGUGAGGAAUAUAGCAAAUAUGUCUAUGAAUGGAUAACACCACCAGUUCAAACUAUUAAUUUCGGUAAAGUAAAAGUAAAUAGAUGUGCACAUAAAGUAACUGAGUUAGUUAUCGGAGGACAGCAUGCUGGCGUUAGAGAAUUUCCACAUAUGGCCCUCCUAGGUAUGGGAGAAGAGAAUUCAAAGAAAUGGACAUGCGGUGGUACAUUGAUUAGCGAUGAAUUUGUUUUAACAGCCGGGCAUUGCGUAUUUUCACCACAAGAUGGGGAAGUAAGAUGGAUUCGUCUUGGCGAAAAUGAUAUUUCAAAUGAAGGAGACUCAGAAACACAAGAUUUUUCUGUUGCUGAAAUUAUCAAGCAUCCGCAAUAUAAAGCUCCUUCUCGUUACCACGAUAUUGCACUAUUACGGCUCGACCGCAAAGCUAUCUUAAAUAAGUUCGUGAUACCAGCUUGUCUUCACACGGAAUUUAAUAUCAACCAUCAAAAAGCGAUUGCUACUGGUUGGGGAAGAACAGAAUACUUAGGUUCCACGAGCCAACAACUGUUCAAGGUUACUCUAGAAAUGUUUUCACAAGAAGAAUGCAAUGAAACUUAUUCAGCGUUUGCAUCUAGUCGUAGAUUAAGGUCUGGAAUUGUUCCAGAAAGUCAAAUGUGUGCUGGCCAUCAUAGUGAAAUGAAAGAUACUUGUCAGGGUGAUUCGGGAGGGCCUUUGCAAACGUAUCUUGAAGUUCCUUAUUGCAUGUACGAUUUGAUCGGAGUUACUUCCUUCGGUAUAACUUGCGGCGUCGUCGGCAGUCCAGGUGUGUAUACAAGAGUAUCUGAGUAUUUGCCCUGGAUCGAGCAAAUCGUUUGGCCCACAAUCGACAUCCGCUUUGCUCUGACCAACACCUGCGGCUCGAUGCGAUGAUAGAGAUCGGCCCUAGAGCUUCCCAUCCUACA